GCCUCUCUUCUUCGUCUUUCCUUUAUUUGUUGUUGAAGCAGUUCGGUGACAUGACCUCUCGUUCAGCUCCGACUUGUAACGACACAAGACGCGUGCGAGUCAUUUUUUUGGCGGGGGGACAAUUCGUAGUGAUAGUCGUCAAAGCGCAGAAAGGCUCAGAAAGUGACGUUGUUAGCUUGUCGCCGUGCUCGCUCCUGCUGCCUCCAAACUUGACGCGUCUCUGUUCGGACUGUUAGCAUGCUCGUUAGCCCGCUCGGGAACACCCGUGUCCGCCAGUGCUGGGAAAACCUGUUUCUUUGUUUGCCGUACGAUCGGGGCACGGUUUAACAAGCAUUGUCCUCAAAGGACCCCCGUCGUAACGAACUACUUGUUCGCCGCGGAGCAAAUACACUCCCGCUAAACUCGUUUACACGUGGGCGCAUGUACAUCUGUGAUGAUUUAGCAUUUCUCUCUCUCCCUCUCUCCCUCUCUCUCUGGUGGUGCGUUUCUCCCCGAAGCCCCCUGAGCAUCAUGGACACGUGAAACUUGACUCUACUCUCCGGUAGGCAGAUGCGAGUCCCAGGCUGGAUUGAAUGGCACUGAGGAGACAAGACUGCAACUCAGUGGGAGUACUGCAAUGACCAGCCGACAUCCUAGCCAUGCAGAGAGCGGUCACUCCACAGACAAGCAGCCACCUGCCGCUGCCCCCAAGCUCCAUGUGCAGCGAUCGCUGUCAAAGGAGAACAUCACCAUCCACUUCUCAGCUUUUGGGACGGAGGAAGAGGAGGAGGAAGAAGAGCUGAACUGUAUAACUGUGUCCACUACCUCAGCCACUCAGAAUGACUCAAAUAUCGUGACAGCCUUAGAAGCAAGUGAGGAGAUGUUUGAAGCAGUGCCACUGGACUCUGCAGAUGAAGUUGCAGUCAUUCCUGAAACAUCCAGACUUUCUCCCUUUUCUAAACAUCACACUAUUGGCUCUCCCACACAAACUCUGACAUCGCGUAUUGCUGAGCAGAAAGGCUCAAUUUCCAGCUCCUCUCCUACAAAAUCUUUGAGCUUUCCCUCCAGUGAAAAACCUUUUCUAAGUUUGGUGAAGUCUCUUUCCUCAGAAGUCUCAGAGAUCCGUGAUGGAGUCUCUUCUGUUCCUGCUCCAUCAGUACGGCAUAGGCAUCUCAUGAAGUCUCUCGUCAAGUCCUUAUCGUCUGAUACAUCCCAGGACUCAUCCUCCUCCUCCACACCCUACCGUCUUCCAGAAUCCCGCCUUAACCUGCAACUCUUCAAGCAAUUUGCGCAGUCCCGGAUGCCGUCUGCUACCAUGUCGUCAGCUGCCGACUCUAAAACCGCCCCUUCCUCUCCAUUAACCUCAACAGAUAACCGCAGCUUCUUCAAAGUCUCAGACGUCGAGGCACGAAUUGAAGACACCAAGCGUCGUUUUUCUGAAGUCAUCUCUGAACCGCUCCAGCUGCUGAGUAAGAUCAUGGAUGAAAAGAGUAGCAGCUUAGUGAGUGGCAGCCUUUACCGGCCAAAGGGCCUCUCUGUCAGUGCCUCAGAACUCUCCAACAUUACUUCAAUCAAUUGUCAUGUGGAGAGCAACAACAAUAACUGCAUCAAGGAGGAAGAAGGAGGCGACUGGGAGGAUGAGCGCGUCAACAGUGGGGCCUCUGGCCCCCCGGAAUCACAGGUUCCUUCAACUGUUCACACCAAGAGCCCCAACAAACCAUCUUUACUUUCCAUGUCGUUGGAAAAUUGCUCUAUGUCGGCUCUUGCCAAACAGGAGGAUGAGGACUUUUGCAUCCUGUACACUGAGGACUUUGAAACGUGUGCCGACACAGAAGGGGAUGGAGGCGAUAGAACUGAUGAUACGGGAACUGGUAGUCAAACUAAAGUGCUACUAAGUGGUAGUACUGAACCGUGCAGUGAAGAUGAAUCUGAAAAUACAGUGCCGGUACCUUGUGUUCCACACUAUACUCUCAUCAUCCUCACUGUACUGGUCUAUGGUUAUUUUGUUUUACCUCUGCCCAGUUACAUUGGAGGAAUGCUGCUUGGGACUGUGUUUGGAUUUUUUUUAGCCAUUGGUGUUGUGUGGCUGACGGGACCAAAACCUUCUGGUGGUUUUAGACGUACCAGACAUCAUGGGAAACUGUGGAAUCUGACCAAGUUGGACAUAAAGGAACCAGAAAUCUUUAAGGGCUGGAUGAAUGAGAUAUUGAACUACGACCCAGAGAUGUACCACGCAACACUGACGCACUCGGUGUACGUCAGGUUGGAGGGCUCCAUCAUUCGUCUGUCUAAGCCCAACCACAACAUUGCGCGCCGUGCCACACACAAUGAGCCAAAACCCGAUGUCAACUACAUCAGUCAGAAGAUCUAUGACCUUACCAAUAGCAAAGUAUAUCUAAUGCCUCAGAGCCUGGCCAGGAAGCGUGUGUGGAACAAGAAAUACCCGAUCUGCAUUGAGCUUGGCAAACAGGAUGACUUCAUGUCAAAGGCCGAGGAUGACGGGUUGGAAGCCAAUGAGGGCACGGGCGUAAGGGACAGGGGAGAGAGCAGUGGAGAAGCACAGGAGCGAGGGUCUCCACCUUGGUCCAGUAGAGACCUGACCCUUUAUCUGUUCGGAAGGACUGGAAGGGAGAAGGAGGAGUGGUUCCAGCGGUUUCUUUCAGCUUCCAAACUCAAGGUGGACUUAAAGAAAACACCCAGUGUUACAGCGAGUAAGAGCGCUCUGAGCUCUCACAGUCGCAGCAGCAGCCGCAGCAGUCUGGACGAGGCUCUGAUUCCUCAGCCCAGGCCAAAGGACUUGUCUGUCUCCUCAACAGCAGCAGGCAGUGCCAAAACCAAGCCGCUGUUGGACUACAGUGUCUAUAUGGCCAGUUUACUGCCAAAACGGUCGACAGUCAGCCCUCCAGCUGCCAGCCCUGCUCUCCAGAGUCCUCAGAGCAGCCCUGGAGCUGACAAGAAGCUUCAGAGCACCACUUCAGCUCAGGUGCUGCACAGGGAGGAGGAGGAGGAGGAGGAGGCAGCUGCUGUUGCCUGGGUGAACGCAGCUCUCGGUCGGGUCUUGUGGGACUUUCUGGUCGAGCCCUACUGGGCUGACCUGGUCUCCAAGAAGAUUCAGAUGAAACUCAGCAAGAUACGGUUGCCUUACUUCAUGAAUGAGCUAACCCUGACAGAACUGGACAUGGGCUCAGCCACUCCGAGGAUCCUUGGGGCAUCCAAGCCUUCCAUUGACUACCGAGGUCUGUGGUUCGACCUGGAGCUUUCCUACAGUGGCUCCUUCCUGAUGACCUUGGAGACUAAGAUGAACCUCAUUCGUCUUGGCAAGGAGGGCGAGAGCUUCCGCUUAGGGGAAUUUGGCAAAGAUGGAUACAGGCCGCGGACUUAUUGCUUGGCUGAUAGUGAUGAAGAGUCGUCCAGCGCAGGCUCAUCAGAUGAGGAAGACUCCUCAGAGCUCUCAAAUGACUCUGCUGGAGCAGAGGGUUUGGUCGGAGGCCACAAGCCAAGCAAGAUCAUGCGCUUUGUGGACAAGAUCACCAAGUCCAAAUACUUCCAGAAGGCCACAGAGACGGAGUUCAUCAAAAAGAAGAUGGAGGAAGUGUCCAACACACCCCUCCUGCUCACAGUCGAGGUGCAGGAACUCCAAGGAACGCUGGUUGUAAACAUACCCCCUCCACCCACCGACAGGAUAUGGUAUGGCUUCAGGACACCGCCUCACCUGGAACUGAAGGCGCGGCCCAAACUGGGAGAAAGAGAAGUAACUCUGCCCCAUGUUACCGACUGGAUAGAGAAAAAACUGAUCCAGGAAUUCCAGAAAGUCUUUGUUAUGCCAAACAUGGACGAUUUGUGGCUGACAAUCAUGCAUUCUGCCAUGGACCCGCGCACAGCCAGUGGACCGUCAGCUGGUCCCACAGUGGACCCGGAGCCGUCCCAGCCAGAGAGGGACAGCUCCAGCCAGCCAUGAAGAUUGUUUACAGUAUUUCCUAGAGCUUUUGAAGUCUCACAAUAGGAACUAGAGCCAAAGUAGAUAGGUCGGAGACUAGUACAACCACAUUCCCGGAGUGGUGUUCUCACUUACCACAGUUGAACAUGGCAGCGUCGACCAAGGAUACACUUUAAGACACAUAAACUGUUUCUUGCUGCUCUGUUCGGUAGUAUUUAUGGUGCCAGGGGGGAAAUGUGGUUUGUCUUUGAAGAAUUUAUAUAACAAUAAAGGACCUAUUGAAUAGGGACAGAUAUGUGAAGAGAGUCACGUUUGGCUCUUACCUGGGGGGGGGGGGUUUAAAGGAAUAAUUGGCAUAUAUGUGGUUAUAGAAGUUCAUGAUGUCCACGUGUGAAGAUGGACAUGAAAGCAUUCACCAGAUACCUUACAGCCUGCACACGACCAGUUUCUGCUGAGGCUUGAAAGUGAGAUGGAGCAGCCUAGCCACUUUGAUUAUAGAAAUGCAGUAAGUGGAGAUUUACAGUAUGACAGUAUGUUGAAUUUAGAGGCGUUCCAUAGUGAACGGUUAGUGUGUGAAGGAGAGUUGUGUCCAUUGUUGAGAAUUAAGCAUAAGCAGGGACAAAAAGGUGUAUUGAAAAAGCUCAGAUACUUGAUGUUAUGUUGAUUCACCGUAAAACAUUCAACCUUAAAGUGGCUUUAUGAGAGCGGUUUGUCCAUCAGGUGUUAGCUAACAGUAUUGAUUUUUGCUGUGACCAGACCCUGAGCACCCCCAUUCAUUUGCCAACCCCUCUUUGUAUGCCAAUGAAGCCAUUGUCUAUAUGGAAAAUAUUGCUCAAGACAACAUACAUCAUGUUGAGAAAAAAUGUCAUUCGCUCUGUAAAUUCCACUCUAAUGACAAACACGAUAAGUGCAAUGAUAGAAACGCUACACAGGCUUUAGUAUGAUUUUGUAGAGACAUUACAGUAGAGUUUAUGUCUGAGAAGUACGAGGCCUCUAAUACGUCUGUUGAAUGUAUGUUUGGACAUUUUUUGGGUUAUCUUUUGUUAUUGUAUGAAAAUAGUUCUUACCCAGUUGCAUUCUGAGUGGGUUAUGCAAAUUCUUGCACAAAUACAAGUGAAAUGUUUCUUCUUUUUUCUUUUCUUUUUUUAAUGAUUUCAGAUGUCAUUCAAUCAUAAUGUCGAUGAAGUACCUGGUGGUCUAUUGAUCUAUUCAUUCAUUCAUUCAACUUUCAUGAUGAUGUUGAUGGAAGUGACAGUGCUUUAAAAAGACUCUACAUGCCAUACUGUAUGUGGAAAGACACACGACAAAGGAAACAAUUCUUGGGUGAAGUCAAUAUCCAUACUCUGUCAUAGAGCAUGUAUUGCCAAGAAUGUACAGUCUUAUUAACAGGUUCCCUUUCUGAGACUUACUUUUUAACCCCAUUUCUAAUCUCAGCCAAAGUCCUUUGUUCAGGCCAAUAGUGCCAGAUCUCAAUGGUACACAUCCUGACAGGUAAUAUUUACAAAUGUGUUACAAUACCUGCAUUAACAUUGUUUACAGGAAUUCUUACCUAGGUUUCUUUUUUCUUUGUUUGCUCUUAGCACUGUAACAUUAAAAUUGGGUUUUUUUUGUAUGAUCGUCUUAUCCUUUAUGCCUUAGUAACUUUUUGUUGAGUAUGUGUUUUGAAUGACUCCGUGAGGUGGGCUAAGGUUGUUUGUUUUGUUUUUUGGUGUUUUUUUUGUCUUCAUCUAUGGAAAAAAAAGAAUGAAAUGAGAUUUUGAGGAUAUAUGAAGAGUAUGUUGUGAUUUGUAUCUGAGUUAUAAUGACUAAUUUUAAGGCCAAAUUCAGUGAUUAAAUCUAUCUGCCUUAUUUAAAGAGCUAAAUAAAUCUCUUGUCAAUGAAAA